AUGGUGAAUAUGAUGUUUGCCUUUGGAGAUUGGAAGAAUAUAUGGCAGCUUCAGGUUCCUGAGAGAAUCCGACUUUUUAUCUGGCUUGUUGCACAAGAAGGCCUGAAGACUAAACAUCUGCCAGCUAGAAGAUAUUUCGGGGAUCGCUUCUGUUUGGAUUUCCCUGGAAUCAAUGAACCAGAUUGGCUAGAUCUUAACUUUUACCGGCAUAUCAGCUACAACAAAAGUGGCCAGUGGAAGGAGAUUUGGGCUACAACUUUUCACUACUUGUGGCAUUGGAGGAACCAACAAAUGUUUGUGGAAGAUUAUGUUAUGCCGCAAAACUCCACAAAAGUCAUUAAGGACAAGGUUCAGAGCUACUGCAGGAGAAUAGUGAUGAAUAAAAAGAUAGCUGUUACGAACCAAGAGGAGAUGACUGUUCAUUGGAAGCCGACAAAUGGCAGUUGGAUUACGCUUAACACGAAUGGAGCAGUUAAUAAGUUAUUAUUUCUGAUCAUCGCCGCAUCUUUCUCUGCGCUAGAAUUGAAUUAUAACAACAAAGACAAGGCUCAUGGGAAUUGGCAUAAGGAGGAUGAUUACGGUCUCCAGAGGUCGUUGAAUUUUGACAUUUCGCAAGAGCUAUGGAAUCAAGUUCCUCGAAAUGAAGAUCUUCCUAUCGUGCUUGAUGAUGAAACAACCCCUGUAAAGGCUUGCGGGGAUUUUGCAUACAGUAUCAAUAAUGGUGAAUUAAAUGAUAUUCAAAAGGAAGAGGUGGAAAGUUUGGAGACUUGUUCACAAGCCAAGAGACGGAGGAUGCUGCAGUUCAACAAUCAGAACGGGAAUCAUUCCCUUGCUGAUGUACAAAUGUCUUCAGCAUAUUUGGAAUUAAAUGGGACGGGCAAUUCCAAUGCGGAUAUUUUCCCGAAAGUGUCACAAUGGAUAUCUGAUGUUUCGGAUAGUGCUUCUGCUCCCAAUUACGAGGACUUACAGUCAGCUGAAAGGUGGCUUGCAGACUGCUUCAAGGAUACUGAUAUGCAAAUGUAUCCUGUGAAUCCGAAUUUUUCUGUGGCAAAUAAUGUUCAUGCUGAUGUUACUAGGCUCUCCAACUUAACACCGCCACCAGUUGAGCAGAAUGUGGGUCAGCGGCAAACAGGAUUGCCGGCAUAUUUGAUGACCUUGCAUCAAACACAACCAAAGCCCUGCGAAAAUCAAACCAAAUCACACGACAGUCAGUACCCAAAACCAAAAAUCAAAAUGAGAUUCAACUCAAGUCAUUGAAAGCAAGAAAAGAAGGGAACAAGUGCAGUCUGCCCAUAUAAGUACCUGCAAUGCAAAAUUACAUUGUAUAAUAUGUCCUUUGGCAUCUAUACUAUCUUACCGACACAAAUCAAAUGUUUAAUGGA